AUGUUCACACAAACUGUCCGCGCUUCGCGCUCUCAAAUUGCCCGCGUUGCGAAGCAGCAAAUGAUCAGCAAACGAACCUUCAUCAUUCCUACUGCUGUUCGUCGUGCGGACCUUGUCCAAGAUCUUUACCUCCGGGAGUUGAAGAGUUACAGAAUACCCCAAGUCAAGGCCUCCGAUUCCGAAGGACACGUUCUCAAGUUCUCCCCACCCAAGGCUCCUACAUCUCCAGAAGAAACCGACAUCGCAAAGGAAUUGGCAGCAUAUGAGGCAAGCACUGUUGAGGUAGAGGGACAAGCUGAGGGGGGUGCUGAGGCUAAGGAGGUUGACUGGUUUGAGGAGGAACCUGAGGAGGAGGCCGCACGUCACUAG